AUGAAAACAUAUGAAACAACAAGUUCUGUCGAUGUUAGUUGGGAGGCCACUUGGGACAUCGUCAAAGCGUGUAAUGUCGCACACGGUUUCCCGCCGGUAUUCAGCGACGCAUUUACUCUGAACUCUUUUUCACAUUUCUUCAUUUUCCUUCUUUCUAUUCUUCAACUUUUCUUCUGCAUUAAUUUUUCUCGUUCACAUUCUCGAUCAGAUUCUCGUUCAGUUUUCUCAUUCAGUUUUCUCGCUCAGUUUCUCGUUCAGUUUUCUCGCUCAGAUUCUCGUUCAGUUUUCUCGUUCAGUGUCUCGUUCAGUUUUCUUGCUCAGAUUCUCGUUCAGUUUUCUCGUUCAGAUUCUCGUUCAGAUUCUCGUUCAGAUUCUCGUUCAGUUUUCUCAUCCAGUUUUCUCGUUCAGAUUCUCGUUCAGUUUUCUCGUCCAGUUACUCGUUCAGUUUUCUCGUUAAGUUUCUCGUUCAGUUUUCUCCUUCAGUUUUCUCCUUCAGAUUCUCGUCCAGUUUUCUUAUUCAGUUUUCUCGUUCAGAUUCUCGUUCAGAUUUUCGUUCAGUUUUCUCCUUCAGAUUCUCGUUCAGUUUUCUCGUUCAGUUACUCGUUCAGUUUUCUCGUUCAGAUUCUCGUUCAGAUUCUCGUUCAGUUUUCUCCUUCAGAUUCUCGUUCAGUUUUCUCGUUCAGUUACUCGUUCAGUUUUCUCGUUCAGAUUCUCGUUCAGAUUCUCGUUCAGUUUUCUCGUUCAGAUUCUCGUUCAGUUUUCUUUUCAGUUACUCGUCAGUUUUCUCGUUCAGAUUCUCGUUCAGAUUCUCGUUCAGUUUUCUCGUUCAGAUUCUCGUUCAGUUACUCGUUCAGUUUUCUCGUUCAGUUUUCUCGUUCAGUUUCUCGUUCAGUUUUCUCGCUCAGAUUCUCGUUCAGUUUUCUCGUUCAGAUUCUCGUUCAAUUUUCUCGUUCAGUUUCUCGUUCAGUUUUCUCGUUCAGAAUCUCGUUUAGUUUUCUCGUUCAGUUUCUUGUCCAGUUCUCUCGUUCAGAUUCUUGUUCAGUUUUCUCGUUCAGUUUUCUCGUUCAGAGUUUCGUCUCGCGUUUUUUUCUCGUUUCUCAUUUUCUCCGAUUUUAUCUUUUUCUUUGCUUCAUUCUCUCUUUUGUUGUGGAAUCUUCCAAGUGGACUUAA